GCAAAAACGCAUAAAAAUUGGAAUGUGUGGCCAGAGAUGUUUCGAACUGUAGUUGAAUUUCAAUAAAAAGAACGCCUAUUUCCUGGGUUUAUAGGUGGAGCUGAUCGGAUCAUCAAUAUUCGACUUCCUUCACCGCGACGACGAGCCUGAAUUGAGAAGCAUCCUAUCCAGCGCGGAUUACAAGUUCACCACAAAUGCAAACACCGUUCAGCCGUAUGUUGAGGAAAUCGAACGUAUGUUCUUCAUUAGGCUGAAAUGCGUGUUGCCGAAACGAAAUGCUGGAAUCGUAUACAAUGGAUAUAAAACAAUUAGCUGUUGGGGCUACUCGAAAUUAUACCAUGGAACUGGAAAAGUAACAAACUUGGGCUUGGUAGCUGUUGGCUAUAUGCUCAGUCACAGUGGCACCACUGAACUCAAACUUUCUUUUUCCACCUUCAUGUUUCGAGCUCGUCUCGACCUCAGCCUUAUUUUCAUCGAUUCCAGAGUGACAGAACUCACUGGCUUCGCACCAUCAUCACUUCUCGAUAUGUCACUGUAUCAGAUGGUGUUUCUGGAAGACGCGCAAAUCAUCGAGAAAGCUCACAAAAUCCUGCUGCACAAGAAUCAGUCGACCACGGGAUAUUAUCGCCUGGUGCACAAUACUCGAGGAUACGUCUGGGCGCAAAGUCAAUUCUACAUAGCGCCGGUGCUUCGUGCAGCCGCCGCUCAUUGCACUGUUGCUAUCACCGAAGUAUUCAGGUACACACUACUUUAUUAA